UAUUAUGUGGACUACAAAUUCGCGGAAAGGAGUGCCGAUGGUAUGAUGCAUAAGACUGAUUAUGCUCUUCAUUUUUUGGCUUAUCUUGGCCUUGCUUCGCAGAUACCGACUUUGCUACUUAAUCUGAUCAAUUUAUUCGUCCAGAUCAAAGGUGGUCUUAGACGACGCAUUGGCUUUUCUCUUUUUGUUCUGGCAAUUAUCAUUUUGAUAACACUCAUAUUCACCUUUAUUAACACUUCUCACAUGAUUAGUGCAUUUUUCUUCAUCACGAUGGCAACAGUGGUAUUAUUAAAUGCAGCUAAUGGCGUUUAUCAAAGUUCACUCUAUGGUUUAACUGCAAACUUUCCGCCUCAAUAUACCAACGCACUGAUACUGGGCAAUAAUAUAUGUGGUACAUUUGUAUCCGUCGUAAGUAUCAUAACACUGGAAUUUUACAAAUAUUAUAUGAAAAAAGCAAGAAAACAUACUGAUAAGAACGUAAAUGAAGAGGGCCAGCACUUACAAAGAAUCAGUACUAUAGAUGGAAUAAUCAUGGAUGGGACUGAGAUGAAUAGAGUCGUAUCAAAAACAGAGAAGCUGUUCACUCCGAUCAUGGCAUAUCUGCUGUUCAAUUUCUUUGCCGCCGCUGGAUCAUUUCUGGCUAAUUUUGUGCAGUGGCCAUCACCAAAAUGGGUGGUUGUCCCGGUAAUUGCACGCAUUGCGCUUAUUCCGCUGAUGAUAUUCUGUUAUUUUCGUCCUGAAUACCGAACUUGGGAUGUGUGGUUCUAUAACGUAUGGAUUUAUAUCAUUUUUGCAGUCAUCAUGUCCAUUACAAGUGGAUACUUUAGCUCCGUAAUAAUGAUGUAUGUCCCAAGGAUAGUGGAACCAUCCAAGUCAACAGUUGCAGGCAUGAUAGCAGCGUUCUUCCUGAUUUUUGGCAUAACAUGUGGAAUAAUGUUCACAUUUUUCGUUUCUUGGUUCGUCGAUAGCGCAGGAGCAUAUAACUCUGGACAUUUUGAUAUAGAAAUAUCAUGA